AUGACUACGGCCGCGCAGCCGCAGACUCCCCUCUACGAUCCGUACUCGAUUCCGCAUCCCAACGAAUCAGGGGCUAUGAUCCGAGGAUACAGCGGCGUCCGGACCUCCUCACGCCCCAACUCCUACGCCGGCCCCGGUCUGGCCUACAAUUCCAACCAGGAGCCAUCCUCCCAACUUGCCCACAACCCGCGUUUUAAGGAAGAUUUUGAGGCUGCCAGCCGCCGGAGUUCGAUCCUGAUGGACGGUCACCCGGGCGGCAGUGCUCCACCCCAGCGGUCUGCCUCCGUCAUGUCUCGUGGUCCCUCGCGCUCCGGUACGCUCCAGAAGAAGUCGUCGCUGAGCCGGAAGGGCAGUCUGCGUCGGAGUGGAAGUCGUCGUUCUACACGCGCAGGAAGUGUUCGAAGUCUGAGUCUCGGGGCCCGCGAGAGGUACAAUACGGACGGCGAAGAGGAUAUGAACAACGUUUUUGCAGUGCCUAUCCCCACCCAUGGAAACCCCACCGAGGCUCUGGCCGAUCGAUUCCAAGCAUGGCGCAAGGUCCUCAAAGAUCUGAUCGCCUUCUUCCGGGAGAUUCAAAAGUCGUACGAAACUCGCGCGAAGCUGUUCCAAUCUGCCACCAAUGUGAUGGGCAAUCAUGCCAUGCCCUCGAACUUCCUCGAGUCGGGCGGUCUUGCCGACGCGCAUGACAUUCUGCAACAUUUUUACCGCCAGGGAAAUGCAGAGGCCCAGAAGGCGAUCGAGGUCGAGAUGGAGGUGAUCAGCCAAUUGACCGGACUCCGAAGCGAUCUUCAGAAGAAGACCAAGGAGAUCAAGAGUCUUUCGGGUGACUUCAAAAACACCGUCGACAAGGAAGUCGAUGGCACUCGCAAGGCCGUGCGCCACCUGCACGAGGCGCUUGGCCUGGUGGACACGGAUCCGUCGGCCACAUCGGGCAAAGGCGAUCCGUUCCUGCUGCGUCUGAACGUUGAUCGCCAGGUUGAGAAGCAGAUUGAGGAAGAAAAUUAUUUGCACCGGGCAUACCUCAACAUCGAAACCUCCGGUCGGGAACUGGAGUCUAUCGUUGUUAGCGAAAUCCAAAAGGCCUACAACGCCUACGCUACGAUUCUGAAGAAAGAAGCUGAUGAGGCGUACGACACGGUCGACAAGCUCCGCGCAGGUCCCAUCUCUAUGCCCCAUGAUCACGAAUGGAACGACUUUGUUGCCAAUACUUCCGAGCUUGUCGACCCCCGUAUUCCGCUGCGCAACGUCGAAAAUGUCACCUACGAUGGCAUCGACCAUCCCGCUGCCGCCGAGGUUCGGGCGGGGAUGCUGGAGCGCAAGAGCAAGUACCUGAAGAGCUACACUCCCGGCUGGUACGUGCUGUCGCCGACCCACCUGCACGAGUUCAAAUCGGCCGACCGCGUUGCCUCCCAAACUCCCGUGAUGUCGUUGUACCUUCCUGAGCAAAAGGUGGGCACCCACUCGGAAGAGAACUCGAGCUCCCACAAGUUCCUGCUGAAGGGUCGCCAAACCGGCGCCAUGCACCGCGGACACUCGUGGGUGUUCCGGGCCGAGUCGCACGAGACCAUGAUGUCGUGGUACCACGACAUUGCCAAUCUGUGCAACUCGACCGGCGAGGCACGCAAUGCCUUUGUCCGCCGACACGUUCGCAGUGUGAGUGGUCGGUCCACCCACAGUGAUGUGAUGGAGGAUGACGAGGCCGAUCGGACACCUUACUCGGCUGGCUCCGCCGUCUUGGCUUCAGAGCGGCCCACUUCAGCCACCCGUCAGCCCGGCGGGGCCUUCCCGAGCGAUGUCCAGAUUGAUCGACACCUCGCCGCACCGCUGUCUCCCUCGAGCGAGAACAGCUCUGCCAGCCGGGACGUGAUUGCCGCCGCUGCAGUCCUUCCCAACGGCACCGGCGAAGCUGGGCCUCCUCGCUUUUAUGGCGCUCACGAGCGCGAUGUCGCCACCCCCGAGCCCCAGGGUACGACCGACGGCCCCGGUUGGGCGGAGUCGUCUCGCUCCCAGAUGAACCGCCCCGACUACCCCCGCCAGGGCAGUUAUUACGGCGACUGGAUGGGCCCCGCGAGCAUCGUUGCCGUGCAGCAACAGAAUCAGGUGGCGGAGCCCGAAUUGAUUGACCACCCCGAGCCGCGCGAGGACACCCGAGUGGUCGCCGGCUUCGCUGGUGUCGGUCCCGUGAGCGACCGUCAUGUCACCCCCGCGUCCGCGCAACGAGUGCGCCCCGAGAGCGUGUCCACUGCGCCGACUAACACCAACGGUACCGACUACACGAAUAACACCAUGGCCACCUCGAUUGACGAGACCCCCGAACUGGGCUCCAAGGGGGUGGCCGUGGCGAGCAGCUCCACCCCCAACACCACGACCCUUCCUAUUCGGAACCUGGAGGACGAGUAUCCCGCCCACAAGCUCGAGACCGCCAGUGCCGGCCCUCCCACGCGGGCGCCGCUUCCCAAGCUCGACAGUGUCUUGGCCAUUGACCAGAAGAUCCCCGGCCGAUACCCGCCCACCAAUGUAGCAGCGUGA